UAUUUAAGAUAUAAUGACUCGUCGAAAAGAUAAAUUUAAUGUUAAUGACGAGAAUGGCCAAGCUAUGGAAGCACGAGCGGUGGAGGAAACCCCUCUAAAUCCCGACAACCGCGGCGAGUGGAGCAAUCAAUGCGAGUUUUUCCUCUCCUGCCUCGGAUUUGCUGUGGGUUUUGGCAACGUCUGGCGCUUCCCAUAUUUGUGUUACAAGAAUGGUGGAGCGGCGUUCCUGAUACCAUACACCAUCAUGCUCCUGGUAGCUGGGAUACCGCUUUUCUUCAUGGAACUCGCGCUCGGACAAUACGUCAGCCUGGGUCCUAAUAUACUCUUCCCUAAACUCUGCCCUCUAACUGGAGACUGCUACACAUUUGAAGAGAACGCGAUGUGUCGGAACGAAUCAAUGUAUUACUACGCCGGCGAGUGUCACAACACGGACACUUUUUGCGGUAUCGACUCCCUGGAAGCCGUUAAUUCAACGCAUUGCCUCACGGCGAACAACAUCUCCAUCAGGGCCGAGCUCGCAGUCAAGAGAUAUUCCGCAGCUGAGGAUUACUACAGAAGUCGAAUGCUCGGUAUCAACGGCCGGUCGUGGUCAGACAUGGGAAGUAUUCGAUGGGAAUUGGUGGGCUGCUUGGCUUUAGCUUGGUUGGUCAUCGCCGCUUGCCUCGUUAAAGGAGUGAAGAGCUCUGGUAAAGUCGUGUACUUCACGGCAAUCUUCCCCUAUGUGGUCUUGGUGAUCCUGUUUGUAAGAGGUAUCACACUCGAGGGAGCUUACAAAGGAAUAGAGUUCUAUAUUCUGAAGCCGAAUAUGAGCAGGCUGAUGGAAGCCGAAGUUUGGAACGACGCAGCUGCCCAAAUCUUCUUCUCUUUAUCAACGGCCUUUGGUGGUCUCAUCGUUUUGGCUUCAUACAACGGAUUUAAAGUCAAUUGCAUGAGAGAUGCGAUUGUGAUUGCGAUCAGCAACUGCGUGACGUCAGUGUUUGCUGGUUUUGUUAUAUUCAGUAUUCUCGGCUUCAUGGCAACGUCUGCUGGAGUCGAGGUAACGGAUGUGGUGUCGUCAGGGUCUGGUCUAGCGUUCAUCGCUUACCCUGCCGCCGUGACCAUGAUGCCUCUACCGCCACUUUGGUCAUGCCUUUUCUUCGCCAUGUUCAUCACCUUGGGGCUCGACUCCCAGUUUGCGUUUGUCGAGACGCUCACAUCGGCCAUAUUCGACCAGUUUACGUCCCUACGCGAGCGUAAGCCUCUGGUCGUCUGCGUACUGUGCCUCUGCAUGUUUCUAUGUGGCAUCGCGUAUUGUCUGGAGGGGGGCGCGUUUUUGUUCGAGCUCUUCAACUGGUACUCCGGGUGGCUGGCGGUCAUCGUAUACGCCAUUGUUGAACUCAUAACGGUCUCUUAUCUGUACGGUUUCAAGCGAUUCAUGAAGAAUAUCCAAGUCGAGAUGGAAGUCAACGUACCAUUGCCUUUCUUUGCGUACUGGGCAACAACAUGGACCUUUUUGACUCCCUUAGUGCUGCUGGCUGUGCUGUUCUUCUCUAUUUACAAUUACACUCCUGCCUACUACGGGAGCUACGUUUAUCCUCCCUUAGUGCAAGGCUUUGGAUGGUCCCUUGUGGUGCUGCCUCUGCUCAGCUUCCCAGUGUCUGCUCUCUAUGAGAUCUUCUAUAACAAAAGAACAUUCAAAGAGAUGAUAUCGGCCACCGCAGAUUUCAGACCAGCGCAUGAGCUGCAGAGAAUUGCCCCGAAGACCGAGCCCAGCGUUCGCUACGUUUACGACAACGACGCAUACAUCAAUGGCGACGUUAAGAUUGAGACCAGCCCCGUAACCUAGGAAGUGACUACACUGAUGGUUCCUGCAGCUUACACCUUCGGCUGGGUGCCACUCUUUGGUUAUAUUUACCUAAUAUGUAUUAUGAUGCACGACUCGACCUCGGUUGGGUGCCAGUCUCUGGUUAUUUCUACCUAAUAUGUAUUAUGAUGCACAACUCGACCUUGGCUGGGUGCCAGUCUCUGUUUGUGUCUACAUCAUAUGUAUUAUGAUGCACAACUCGACCUCGGAUGGGUGCCAGUCUCUGGUU